CAGGGGCACAUGGCGCCUACGGGGCUCCGGAUCCUACUGUUGAGUUUGUGGGUAAGUGUCGGAGCUCAGGGAGAUACGCCCAAGCCGGCCCGGGUGCCCCUGAUCCCUCACAGGCCCUUCGUGGUGGUCUGGAAUGCUCCAACUGAGCCGUGCCGCCUGCGUUUCCGAGUGGACUUGGACUUGAGCGUCUUUGACAUUGUGGCCAACCUCAACGAAACCCUGAGCGGACCCAACGUGACCAUCUUCUACCACAGUCAUCUGGGUUAUUAUCCAUACUACUCCAACUCGGGCUAUCCCGUCAACGGCGGACUUCCGCAGAACCAGAGCAUCUCCAAACACCUGAGCAAGGCCCGCAACGACAUUGACAAAUUGAUCCCUCACAAGGAUUUCCGAGGUUUGGGAGUCAUUGACUGGGAGAACUGGAGGCCCCAGUGGGUGCGCAACUGGGGUGGCAAGGACAUCUACCGCAACAAGUCCAAGGAGCAGAUGCGGAAGCUCCACCCCAACUGGCCAGAGAGCAAAGUGGAGAAGGAGGCAAAGGAAAGUUUUGAGAAAGCCGGGCAGGCAUUUAUGAAUCUGACUUUGGCUUUAGCUGAGGGUCGCCGUCCGGACGGCUUGUGGGGUUUCUAUUUAUUUCCUGACUGUUACAACUAUGGCUAUAAGCAACACCCGCAGCGCUACACUGGCGAAUGUCCCAAUGUGGAGCACGUUCGAAACGACCACCUAAUGUGGUUGUGGAAAGAGAGCACGGCUUUGUACCCAUCCAUCUACCUGGAUUAUGAGCUUAAGUCCUCGACCAACACCGUCAAAUUUGUCCACUACAGAGUGAAGGAGGCUAUGAGGAUUGCUUCGAUUGCACGGCCAGACAUCACCUUGCCAGUUUUUGUCUACUCCAGACCCUUCUACGCCUACACCUUUGUGGUUCUAUCAGAGAGCGACCUGGUGCACACUAUAGGAGAAAGUGCUGCCCUCGGAGUGUCGGGCGUUGUCCUGUGGGGUUCAUCAGAGUACGCUAGAUCACAGAGAAACUGCCUGACAGUGAAGAAGUAUAUUGAUGGCCCUCUGGGCCAUUACGUGAUCAACGUCACAUCAGCAACCAAGCUGUGCAGCAAAGCACUGUGCAAAAAGAACGGACGCUGCGUCCGCAAGAGCCUGGACUCCGGCGCCCACCUGCACCUCAACCCGCGAUUCUUCAGAAUCCGCCGGAAGGUGUCACCAUCAGGCUCUCGCUUCCACGUCAGCGGCCACCUGAACCACCAGGACAUCCUGGAAAUGAAGCACAAGUUCACCUGCCAGUGCUACCAGGGCUGGACUGGCGUCCACUGCGAGGUGCCCCAAGUGGUGGAGCCUAGACGGCCCGUUAGGCCUGGUCUGCAGCUUGACAGUCUGCUGGGGGACUUACUGAUCCUCCUCUCAGUCCACUUCUCCUGCCUAUGCAUCAUUACGCUUCUGGGCAUCUGUCUUGUCAUCAAAUGUCUCUUUGUCUAAACCUCCUCCCAAACUGAAGUCACUUCCUGGUUACUCCUCUUACACUGCUACAAUUCACGAAACUGGAAAGUCCCAAAUUUACACAAGUGCCACUUAGGGCAGUUUUCCCACUCAGCAUGUUGAGAAAAAUGUAUGUAUGACUCCAAAUAGAUAUCUGACAUCACACACUAAAAUGAAUGAAUAGUAAUUUAAUUCACAACAUCUCAUUUGGCGCAUUUUAAACUGAUCUUUCAAACACCCAGAGAAUAUUGGGUUCGGUUAUAAUGUUAUCACUCCACUUACCAAAAGAAAGACUCUAAUCUUCUUUCACACAAUAAUUGUUUAUAGGUUUUUUGGUUCUUUCAUAAUUAUCAAUGGAAUGUGAGUUUGUUUCACAAACAUGACCUAUUGUUGACACUCAAGCCUUUUGCACGUAUGUACGGUACUAAUUAUUUUAAUGUAUGUUCACCAGACUUUUAUUGUGUAAUCAGCCCAAACACAUACAGUGGGGCAAAUAAGUAUUUAGUCAACCACUAAUUGUGCAAGUUCUCCCACUUGAAAAUAUUAGGAAAGCCUGUAAUUUUCAACAUGGGUAAACCUCAACCAUGAGAGACAGAAUGUGGGGAAAAAAACAGAAAAUCACAUUGUUUGAUUUUUAAAGAAUUUAUUUGUAAAUCAUGGUGGAAAAUAAGUAUUUGGUCAAUACCAAAAGUUCAUCUCAAUACUUUGUUAUGUACACUUUGUUGGCAAUAACGGAGGCCACAUGUUUUCUGUAACUCUUCACAAGCUUUUCACACACUGUUGCUGGUAUUUUGGCCCAUUCCUCCAUGCAGAUCUCCUCUAGAGCAGUGAUGUUUUGGGGCUGUCGUUGGGCAACACGGACUUUCAACUCUCUCCACAGAUUUUCUAUGGGGUUGAGAUCUGGAGACUGGCUAGGCCACUCCAGGACCUUGAAAUGCUUCUUACGUAGCCACUCCUUUGUUGCCCUGGCUGUGUGUUUGGGAUCAUUGUCAUGCUGAAAGACCCAGCCACGUCUCAUCUUCAAUGCCCUUGCUGAUGGAAGGAGAUUUUCACUCAAAAUCUUUCCAUACAUGGCCCCGUUCAUUCUUUCCUUUACACAGAUCAGUCAUCCUGGUCCCUUUGCAGAAAAACAGCCCCAAAGCAUGAUGUUUCCACCCCAGUGCUUCACAGUGGGUAUGGUGUUCUUCGGAUGCAAUUCAGUAUUCUUUCUCCUCCAAACACGAGAACCUGUGUUUCUACCAAAAAGUUCUAUUUUGGUUUCAUCCGACCAUAACACAUUCUCCCAGUCCUCUUUUGGAUCAUCCAAAUGCUCUCUAGCGAAUCGCAGACGGGCCUGGACGCGUACUGGCUUCAGCAGGGGGACACGUCUGGCAGUGCAGGAUUUGAGUCCCUGGCGGUGCAUUGUGUUACUGAUAGUAGCCUUUGUUACUGUGGUCCCAGCUCUCUGUAGGUCAUUCAUUAGGUCCCCCCGUGUGGUUCUGGGAUUUUUGCUCACCAUUCUUGUUAUCAUUUUGACGCCACGGGGUGAGAUCUUGCAUGGAGCCCCAGAUCGAGGGAGAUUAUCAGUGGUCCUUUAUGUCUUCCAUUUUCUAAUAAUUGCUCCCCUAGUUGAUUUCUUUACACCAAGCGUUUAACCUAUUGCAGAUUCAGUCUUCCCAGCCUGGUGCAGGUCUACAAUUUUGUCUCUGGUGUCCUUCAACAGCUCUUUGGUCUUGGUCAUAGUGGAGUUUGGAGUGUGACUGACUGAAAUUGUGGACAGGUGUCUUUUAUACCGAUAAUGAGUUAAAACAGGUGCCAUUAAUACAGGUAACGAGUAGAGCCUCGUUAGACCUCGUUAGAAGAAGUUAGACCUCUUUGACAGCCAGAAAUCUUGCUUGUUUGUAGGUGACCAAAUACUUAUUUUUCUCUGUAAUUUGGAAAUAAAUUCUUUAAAAAUCAAACGAUGUGAUUUUCUGUUUUUUUUUUUUUUUUCCACAUUCUGUCUCUUAUGGUUGAGUUUUACCCAUGUUGACAAUUACAGGCCUCUCUAAUCUUUUCAAGUAGGAGAACUUUCACAAUUGGUAGUUGACCAAAUACUUAUUUGCCCCACUGUAAUCAUACCUUUGUUUUUACUUGAGAUGAAGCAGCACUUGGCUCACUUGGCUUUUAACAUUGUGUUUUGUGUAAUUUAACAAUUGCAUUUUCUGCUGUUGUGAAGUGGCUAAAAACUUUAAAAUUCUGCAGUAUCGGACACAUACCAAAAAAUGUGUUUGCUCAGAUAUUGGGGAAAUUGCAUGCAUGGAAAGUAACCUCAAAGUUGAAAAAAAGAAAAAAAUAAUUUAUACAAAUAUGUCAUUUUCUGAGACACACCAGCUCAUGUGAGUGACCUGCCCACGUUCUUCUACAUCAGCGAUGAAGAGAAACGGCCACUUGAGUGAGGUUAACGAAUCACCAAAUGUCUGACAGGAAAUGUCAUCAUGAUCCUCGGUUGACUGACAGCCAGUAAAAUGAGUGGCCUCAGCUGUGGCAAAUGUACGAAAGAUGACGUCAAUCAAAGCGAGCUCACAAACUAAACUUAAUUCCAUAUUUGAAAGCAGCUCUUAUUGAGUGGAGACAAACAGAAGGCAAACACCUGCAAUUUGAACAACCCCAGACUUCUCUUAACAGCCAUAAUUAGCUUUUUCUAGUCUCUGUGCAUAAACUGGAAGUGGGUUUUUAGGCUUAACUCUUGUUGUUAGUCAUCUACAAAAUGAAGUGUCAUGAUGUCCGGGUCCAAAAAAAGCAAAGCAGAAAUGGUUGGUGCAUGUGGUUGGGUGUUCUAUUCCUCCCACAGCCAUUUAAGAGCACCAAGAGGCUUCGGAAUGUUGAGCUUGAAGCGGUUUGCGCCAACAAUCUAGACAUUUUUCUCAUAUUUUCAUCGUCUCACUUAGUUUGUCAUAAUGUUUUUAACACGAGUGCACUCACCCAUUGAACAUUAACACUUUUGAACUUUUUAUUGUCCUCAAACACACUAUAGGCUAUGCAAGAUAAAAUAAGACAUUUAAUUUAAAGCGCCCCUUGCUGUGUGUCUAUUUUAUUUAUUUUGAUUGAAGAUUGCAGUAACACUGAAAUUAGGGUGUUUGGGUUUAUUUUUACCAGUGUUUUUCCUUAAAAUCAAAUUAACAAAGUUAGGCAUUGGUCUUGAUAGAAGUUAUUCCUCCCCCACCAACAAGUCCAAGACUAGACCAAGAUGUUUGAGAGUGGAGACUGGAAAGAGAAAAACAGUAAUGUGGAAAGACAAGAAACUUGAAUAAAAGUUCAUUCUGCAUAAAAUUAGAAGUAAGUCAUGAGGAAUUAUCAGAUGGAUUAAGCCACACAAAUAAACACUGGAAGUGUGAAUAUUUCAGUGAGUUCAAGCG